CUUUUCAGGGUGGAUCCUGGUGGAGUCCGUUGGUUGAUACCAGGUCUGAGGAAGUAUUCCUGUGAACUCACACUCGACUCAAACACAGCAAACAGAAGGAUCAAACUGUCUGACAACAACCAGAAGGCGACAUGUGUGGAUGAGGAUGAGUCAUAUCCUGAUCAUCCAGACAGGUUUGACUGGUGCACUCAGCUGCUGUGUAGAAACGGUCUGACUGGUCGCUGUUACUGGGAGGUCGAGUGGAGAGGAAGUAUUGAAAUAUCAGUGAGUUACAGAGGAAUCAGAAGGAAAGGAAACCGAGAAGACUGUGAGUUUGGAGGGAGUGAUUUGUCCUGGAGUCUGAGCUGCUCUGAUAAUGGUUACUCUGUCUGUCACAAUAACAGAGAAACAUCCAUCUCCUCCUCUUCCUCUGUCUCUAACAGAGUAGCAGUGUAUGUGGACUGUCCUGCUGGCUCUCUGUCCUUCUACAGAGUCUCCUCUGACACACUGAUCCACCUCCACACCUUCAACACCACAUUCACUGAACCUCUUUAUCCUGGCUUUGGGCUCUGGUCCUGGCCUGAUUCCUCAGUGUCUCUGUGUUCUCUGCAGGAGGGAGAGUCUCCUCCUGUUAAAGAACAGAGCAGUUGAGUUUGUACAGGAUCACAGUUACAGAAAUCUUAACUUUCUGUAAUAAAGGCAUCAAUGAACUUUGGACAAAAUGAUUUAAAAAGAUUUCCUUUGUAAACUUCUUACACUUCCAGUCCUUUAAAGAUGUAAAUGGUGGAAAUGCAGUUGACUUGUACCCUCAGCACCUUUAACAUCCUUCUAACUGAUGUUUUUUUUAUGUUGUUUUAUCUUAAUAUUUAUCCUUUUGAUUAUUGCUAUAUCUAUGUUUUUAGUCAGGUCCAUUGCACAUCCUUUGAAUAUUGAUGUUUUUACUGUGGUUGUUUCUUUUAAAAUUGGAUUAUUUUAUUUUCUUACUGCAUGUUUGUCUUAUGUCUUAAGCCUUUCAGUUCAGUAAAGUAAAAGGGGAAAAAAAAAAGAAUUUUGUCCACAUAAAAUAAUCCCCCAAACAGCUGUCAAUAUCAAAACUAAAAUAAUGUCUUUAACUGUCACUUAUUACUGUACAUUAACAAUGACACAACCAUCUGAGGUGAACCAGUCAAAAGUAGUUUCUGACAAGAUUCACCUAAAAUCUAAAAACUGGUCUCUUUACUAAUGAAUAAUGUGAAGAAAUGAAAAUAUAAAUAAAUGUGUGUGUAUAUGUAUAUAAGCUACUACAUGAUAAAGAUGUUGUAUUAUCUGACUUUUGAAGUUUGAUUACAUUUUGUUCCUAAACUCCAUCCUGAAUCCACCCUUCUGUUAGGAUCAGGAUUGUCCUAUUUUUUGGGAUCAAAGAGAACCCAUCAAAAACCAAGAUUGGAUCAGGUAAUCUAAACCAAUGUCAGAAUCCUUUUUUUUUCUGUUAAACAACCCAUUUACAAGAUUUGAUCCAAUCCAAUAGCCAAAUCUAAUCAGAUUAUUCUGAACAGCUGGGUCCGGGUGUCUGAAUGGGAGCAAAUCCCUGCAAUAGGUUCAACAUCUGCUGGAAAUCAGGUGUCAACAUGCUACUGGCCAUAUUGUGUAUUACAGCUUGAGACAAAGCUAUUGUCUACAUUUAGUCAAUGUGUUUUUCCCUUAAAAUGUUUGUGCCUUCAACUUUAUGAAACUGUACAGAUUGUAGAAUUCUUGUAUUUCACAGCUCAAAUAAAACACUAUUAAUAAAGUA